AUGACUGAAAAAAACAUACCAACUGAGAAGGAAGCCGAGGACAUACAAUUAACAGACGAAGAAGAUCAACGGACUUUUAAAAAUGUCCUGAUUGCUGUAGCAUGUUUAUUAUCUAGUAUAUUGACGGCAUAUUUAUUAAAUAAUCCAUAUGGAAAUUAUAUUCCAAUUAUCUUAAUAGCUAUAUUUGAAUGGUAUCGAACUUAUCCACGACAAAAACAUUCCUAUUAUGGUUUAUGUAGAUUAUUAUUAUACAUAUUUUUCAUCACUUUAUGGGUAAUUAUGGUAUUAAAACUUACUAUUCAAGGUAUUGGUUUAUUAUUAGGUUAUCAUCAUAUACCAAUACAAAAAUUUCAACAUUUAUUUCCAUAUGCAUUAAUAAUUACUAGUUUUGCUCGAACUAAACAUGAUAUGGAUUUAAAUGAUAAACGACGCUAUAUUAUACAUUUAUUAUAUGAUAUACCAGCAUUUUUAUUAGUAAUUAUAUUUAAAUUAUUAAAUAAUCCAUUGAAUUCAUUAUAUAGUCAAAUAACACCAAAUUGUUAUUUGGGUUGUUUACCCCUACCAUCUGAUGUCGAAGUAUUGAAUAAAAUUGGAAUUCAAUGUGUUGUUAAUAUGUGUGCAGAAUAUAAUGGUCCACGUAAAACUUAUAAAAAAUACAAUAUCGAACAAUUACAUUUACCAACAGUUGAUAGUACAGCACCAUCGUUGAAAACAAUACAAAAAGGAGUGAAAUUUAUGAAAGAAGCAAGUGAUGCUAAUAAGAAAAUAUUUGUUCAUUGUAAAGGUGGAAUGGGAAGAAGUGCUACAAUUGUAUUUUGUCAUUUGGUUGCAAAUGAAAAAAUGUCACCAGAAGAUGCAUUAAAAUUAUUGAAAGAAAAAAGAGCUGAAUCUUUACGAGAUAUGAAUUUUUUCAAGCACUGUUGUAGUCAGGAUUUGUUGGGUUAUGGGCUGUUUCCUGAAUGUGGAUGUGAAUAUUCUUCUGAUUCACGUAUUAAUGAAGUCAGAGAUGAUACUGCAAAGUAA